AUGAAGCGCUUCCUGGGAUCUCUGAGCAGGCGCUCAAGCUCCAGCGACAGUGUCGAACACCGUGAAGACUCACCGGAAGCCAUUGUCCUGAAAGAAUUGACUGCCUUCUGCGAAUCGAAUGCAAAUGUGAAUCCGAAUGGCUCUCCGCGCGACGCGCAAGGAACCGAAUUCGUCCACCUCCCCAAAAUCGUCGAAGCCGCCGAGUCGAGCCCCAAUGCCGCCAAGGAGGCGGCUCUGCGCAUUCGCAAGUAUCUCUCCGAUCCCGCCGCCACCCCGAACCACACCCAGUACAAUGCGAUCAUGCUCAUGCGCAUCCUGGUGGACAACCCGGGCCACACUUUCACCCGCAACUUCGAUUCCAAAUUCGUGACGACCGUCAAAGAACUGCUGCGUACAGGACGCGACUGGCACGUGCAGAGCUAUCUCCGCCAGUAUCUGGACACCCUCGAGCAACAGCGUGCAUGGGACGAAGAUCUCAAACUGCUGCUGCAGAUGUGGGCAAAGGAGAAGACGAAAGCCUCGCACAGUCUGAACGACCGUUUCCCAAUGAAUUCCAUCAUCCCGCCGCAAGUCCCACCCAGGGCUUACCCUCACCAGCAGCAGCCACCUCGUGCACCGGCAAAUACCCUUCCCGGCCCAGCGGAACUAGCAGCCCGCAUCGAGGAGGCGCGCAAUUCGGCAAAGCUGCUGACGCAGUUCGUCCAGUCCACGCCGCCAGUAGAGCUGGAAGACAACGACCUCAUCAAGGAGUUCGUUGACCGCUGCGGGACAGCAUCGCGUAUUAUUCAAGGAUAUAUCCAGUCGACCAACCCGCCUGCGGACGAGGACACCCUGUUGACGCUUAUUGAGACGAACGACGAGAUCUCCGUGGCGCUGUCACAGCAGCAGCGUGCGAUGUUGAAGGCACGCAAGAUUAGAGGAUCUUCGUCGCCGACCUCGUCCAAUUUGAAUAGCCCCUCGCCGACGUCGCCGGCUGUCGCAUCAGGCGCUAUCAAUUUCUCUCCUCCCCCCGCAGCGCCAGCUGGGACCUCAACACAGAGUCGCGAGUCCCCUGCACCCGUCACAGCGCAGCUGCCUUCUCCGGCCAUGACUGGUGGUCGCCCACUUGGUUCCCAUCCCGUCUCGGGAUCUACGACUACCAGCCGAUAUGAAUACAACUCUGAGGAUUUCCAGGUGCGGAAUCCUUUCGCUGAUGACUAUGCUACGAAUGACUCGGACCAGGAGAGGAAUCGGGCGCAUGGUAAUUCGCAGACUCAGACUGAUCGUGUGCGCUUCCAGCCCACUGAGCAGGAGCGCUAG